AGCAGCUCGGGCUCGGGCUCGACGGCGCUGUCCACCAAUGCGGUGCUGAAAUGGCAGGCGGGUCCUCCCUUGCCGGCUCCCCCUGCCAGCCGAAAGUAGUUGGAAGUCCAAGUCCAUUGAUGAUGAAGACGCACAAGGGCGGGAGCGGAGGCUGCAGCUGCUGCGGCGGCGCCAGUGCUCUGCCGCGUCCGCGCUGAGCCCACCGAUGCCUUCUCCCGAUGGAGGCGGCGGGACUCCCCGCUGGGUGAGGGGUUCAGGGGGGACCCGGCUCAGCCCGAGGCUCGCAGGCUGCGCUGGGAGUUGCGGGAGGUUGGAGCUGUUGCUCCUGCUAACUUCUUGCUUGGCUCCGGCUCUGGCUCCGGCUCCAGCAGCCAGCCAGCUGCACUACUCGGUGCCCGAGGAACUGGAGCACGGAGCCUUCGUGGCCAACAUCGCCGAGGAUCUGGGGCUGGAUGUAUCUAAGCUGUCGGCUAGGCGGUUUCGCAUUGUGUCCCGGGCGGGCAGCAAGCAGCACUUGGAGGUGAACCUAGAGAACGGGAUCCUCUUUGUCAACGAGAAGAUCGAUCGCGAGGAGGUGUGCGAGAGCAGCGGGGCCUGCCUCUUGCACCUGCAGCUGGUCAUCGAGAGCCCGCUGGAGCUGUACCGCGUCGAGGUGGAGGUGCUGGACAUCAACGACAACGCGCCCAGCUUCCCCUGGCAAGAGUAUGUGCUGGAGGUGACGGAGUCGGCGCUGCCCGGUGCCCGCUUCCCCCUGGAGAGCGCGCAGGACCCGGACGUGGGCACCAACUCCCUGCGCACUUACCGGCUCAGCCCCAACGGUUUCUUCUCGCUGGAGGUGCAGACCCGCAGUGAUGGCAGCAAGUUCGCCGAGCUGGUGCUGGAGAGAAGCCUGGAUCGCGAGCAGCAGCGCAGCCACCGGGUCUUGCUGACAGCUUUGGAUGGCGGCAUCCCCGAGCGCUCCGGCACGGCUAGGGUCGUGGUCACGGUGCUGGACGCCAACGACAACGUGCCCGUCUUCGAUCAAUCCUCCUACACGGUGAGUCUUCCGGAAGACGCGCCCAAGGGGACUCUGGUCAUCAGGCUGAACGCCACCGACUUGGACGAGGGAACCAACGGCGAGGUGGAGUACUCGUUCAGCGGGCACGCUCCGCCGAGGGUCCGAGAGCUCUUCAGCGUGGAGCCCCGCAGCGGGCAGGUGCGCCUGAAGGGUCAGCUGGACUAUGAGCGAGCCAACCUGCACGAGCUCUACGUGCAGGCCAAGGACCGCGGCCCCUCCGCCGUCGCGGUCCAUUGCCGGGUCUUGGUGCAUCUCGUGGAUGUCAAUGACAACGCGCCGGAGGUGACCCUCACCUCGGUCUCCACGCCCGUCCUGGAGGACGCGCCUCCGGGCACCGUCAUCGCUGUGAUCAGCGUGCUGGACAGAGACUCCGGGGACAACGGCAAGGUGAGCUGCGAGAUCCCUCCGGACGUGCCCUUCCAGCUGCAGUCCUCCUUCCACAACUACUACACCCUGGUGACUACCGACCCCCUGGACCGCGAGGCUGUGCCUGAGUACAACAUCAGCAUCACGGCUCGAGAUCGGGGCAGCCCAGCGCUGGCCACCAGGAAGACGCUGACCGUCCAUGUGUCGGACAUCAACGACAACGCGCCGCGCUUCCUGCAGCCCUCGUACAGCGUCUAUGUGAUGGAGAACAACGCGCCCGGGGCGUCCAUUUGCUCGGUCAGCGCCCUGGACCCGGACUGCAAGCAGAACUCCUACCUGUCCUACUCCAUCGCCGACGGGCAGAUCCAGGGCAUGCCCGUGGCCACCUACGUCUCCAUCAACUCGGACAGCGGGCACAUGUACGCGCUGCGCUCGCUGGACUACGAGCAGAUCCGCAACUUCCAGAUCCAAGUGGUGGCCCAGGACGCCGGCUUCCCCCCGCUCAGCAGCAAUGUCACCGUCCACGUCUUCGUGCUGGACCAGAACGACAACGCGCCGGUCAUCGUGGCGCCCGUGCCCCGCAACGGCUCGCUGGCCGUGGAGGUGGUGCCCCGCUCGGCAGACCCGGGCUACCUGGUGGGGAAGGUCUCCGCCGUCGACGCGGACGCCGGCCAGAACUCGCGGCUGUCCUACCAGAUUGUGCAGGCGACGGACAGCAGCCUCUUCAGCGUGGCCCUGUACACCGGCGAGAUCCGCACCAUCCGCGCCUUCCUGGAGAAGGACGCGCCCAGGCACCGCCUUCUGGUGCAGGUGCGCGACAACGGGCAGCCACCGCUCUCGGCCUCGGUGUCGCUGCUCCUCUCCGUGGUGGACAGCGUGCCCGAGGUGCUGUCGGACUUCAGCGAGUUCCCGCUAGGGCCGGAGUCCGCCUCUUCCACGCUAACCCUCUACCUGAUUGUGUCCCUGGGCUCGGUCUCCUUCACCUUCCUGGUAGCCAUCGUCAUCCUCACGGCCGUCAAGUGCCACAAGGACCGGCUCACCCUGCAGGACUACGGCUGCUCGCUCCCGCCUUGCGGAGGCGGUGGAGGCGACGGCAGCUGCUGCUCCUGCGACCCCUCGGGGCCCCCGACGGACAUCUUCAAGAACUCCAACCACAUCCACAACUCCCAGGUCUCCUCGGGCAACAAAGGGGCCACCAACUGCGGGGAGGGCGCGGCUGUGGGGGGACCUCCUGGCUAUUGCUACAAGGUGUGCCUCACCCCGGAGUCGGCCAAGAGCGACUUCAUGUUCCUGAAGCCCUACAGCCCGGCCCCUCCCAGGAACAACGAGAAAGUCCCGGACAACUUGCCACCAGCUCCGGGAAAGACGCCCCGCUUGGCCAAUAAUUCUAUGCAGCCCUCCAGCCAGGUGAAACAACCCAAUACAGACUGGUUGCCAUCUAAGCAAUCAACAUUGAAGAGUUCACAGAGCCUAGAGGAUGUAGGGGGAGUUCGUCGAGGAAUCCAGAAGGAACAUGACAGGUUGCGCACUUUGGUCACUCCAGUCUCUGAGCUCCAGAAGGCACCUGGUGCCUCAAGCAGCAUCUGGACACCUCGGUAUGCUCCUGUGUACUCACAGCACAUGUCCCCUUUGGAUUACCAACACAACGUGUAUAUUCCGGGGACCCCUACUAUGCCUGCCAAUAAGGAUGGGCCUCUGUUUCUGGAUCAGGAAGCCAAAAACAGCUUCUCUACUUUUGGAAAGAGGAAGAAAAUGACCACAUAUUGCGAUAUACAUGACAACAUGGUUAUUAACAAUAACUUGAAAUAAUGCUUGCUCUUGGUCAGUAGUGGGCGCAGAAGAGGACAGGGUGCUGUCCGUGGUGCUGGUGAAGCAAGGCUGAGAUUUCUGGACUUUGUCACCUGCACUGUUCUGCCUAGUACAAGUGGCUGAGAAGUCUUCUGUGCAAGCUGCCUUCCCUGAAAGCUUGAUGAUCUGUGAAAGACUGUGAUCUUAUGUCACCAACAGCAGUUGUAAUUUGUGAUUAAACUGGAAAUAAGUGCCACUGGACAGCAAGUGGUUAGUAGCUUUUGACAUGAGAUAAUCAAUGAAAAGGAAACUAAAAGAAUGUAGAUUCUUCCUGUUUCAUUUGUCAGGUCUGGUGAGGGCUCUAAGCAGGAAACACCACAUGGUACUUUGAUGUUAAGUGAAAAACUUGUCUUCUGUUGUGGAACAGGAAUGUCUCAGGCGGUGGCAGGGGGAAGGGUUUAGAGCAGGAAUGGGACACCUGCGGCCCUCCAGAUGUUGUUGGAUUGCAACUACCAUAAUCCCUGGCCAUUGGCCAUGCUACCUGAGGUUAAUGGAGACUAACAACAUCGGUGGGGGGCACAGGUCUCCUCCUCCUGCUUUAGAUAAUGUGUGUCUACAAGUCAAAACAGCCAUGCCCCACACACUUCAACAGGUCUUUGAGCAAGAGCUCCAUUUUGUAAAAUGUGUAGUUUUCUUCUCCUUGGUACGUGUGAAUAUAUCAGGUGCACUUUUGUGUGUUUCUCAUCCUGUUAGUACAUCAAAAUAGCUGCAAUGGAAAACCACGGAAACCCAAGAAAAUGCUUGAGUUUAAAGUAAUAGGGAUUUAUGCUCUCAUCCAGAAGGAGGUUUUACUGCUCUAGAAAGUGUGAAUAAUUUCUUAUUGGGAAUGGGGGUAAUGCCCAGCAUGCAAAAACCAAUCUAGCUACAGUGUUUAAUAUUUCACCUAAAGAUAACAAAAUUAAGUGGUUUAUUUUUUUGAUCACACUCACUAGGAUGUAAAGCAAAGCAUGCCAAGUUUGGAUAGGAAGUCUUUCCAAUUGACAUUAACCUUGUGGUUGGAAAGA